CAGUUUUAUCUUCAGUUUCUGAAUCAGAUUUGGCAGAUUUUCUUGUAUCUCUCUGAACUUGGCUGUAUCCAGGACACUGCUGUGGCUUGCUGACUGUCAAAGGAAUAAAGGCUUUGUGGGGAAACAAAAGAAAUACUUGAAUCUUCCACAGUCCUCGACAUUCCUGAACAGGGCAUAAUUCUUGUCCUCACAAAAGCAACACUGACUUCACAGGUAUAAAAAGCACAGCUUCACCUACAGGAUGCUGGAUCUCAACUCUUCAGAUGACAGCAUGAAGAACUCUCUUAAGGACCCUGUGUGCUUGAACGUCGGUGGAGAAGUCUAUACAACAACCUUAGACACUUUAACUCGCUGCCGUGACUCGAUGCUAGGCACCAUGUUCACCGGACAAGUUCCUAUGCUUAGGGACAGCUGCGGCAACAUUUUCAUAGACCGUGACGGUAAAGUGUUUCGCUACAUUCUGAAUUACCUGCGCUCUGGCUCUUUGGAUCUGCCAGAUGGCUUCACUGAACUCGCACUGCUCAGGAGAGAGGCAGAUUUCUUCCAGAUACCCCGUCUGCUGGAGGAGAUUCGUCACUAUGAGGUAUCGGUGCCUCUGGGCCUUAGAGGUGGGCCGCUAGGAGCCAUCAUGAUAGUAAAAGUCGACUCCAAGGUCCGUGUUCUCCAUUUUAACUUGCGCCAUGGGCCUGAAAACUAUGAACUCCGCACAUGCUCUGUACGAGCGUUCACAGUCGACCUCUUUUGUACCUGGAGGGCAUUUCUAGGUUUGCUUUGUGAGCGCUUCUCCUACAGGACACCCCAGGGUCUCAACAGCCCUCACCUAUGUCGUCCGAGGCAGAACAGACUGAAACUGGAAUGGGUGCCAAAGCCUGAUGAACUCCCACAGGAACAGUAUGACAAGCAGCAAUACAGGGGCCUAACUUUGUCUAGCCCUGAGGUUACGUGGUCGGAUGACAUGAUGAACAUGCACUACAGUCACUGUGAAAUCACAGACAUGCAAGGCUUUUUGGAGGAGCUGUUGAAGAUAUCACUUGCUGAGGGGUUCAAGGUUGAUCUAGUCUCUCCUGACCCUGCAGAUAUUCUUAACUGCACUUCACUUCGUCUUGUGAAGUCGUGAGCACUGGAUGAAAGUGACUAGGAAAACCAGAACAUACCAAGAUAAUAAACUAUAGGAUAAGAUGAGAUAGCCUUUACUAGUCCUGGAGUUAAAUUUGAAGCAAUUAAUUCUCUAUGACAUGGAGUUAGAUUUACUGACACAUUAUGACUAGGAGGUCAUUAUCUGUGGUUCUUUUGCUAUCAUAGAGUUUACUAAAAAUAAUGCAAAAUGUGCUUUAUUAAUAAAAUGGUAAAUAAAA